AUGGCUGGCGAAGCUGCAGCAGACCUGGUGGCCGACUUCCAUGCGGCAGAGUGGGAGGAUGUGACACAGGUGUUCCAUCGCGCCACGGACGCUAUGACCCUUGGUCAGUUGGUGCACGUGUCCGACUUCAACUACUUUGAAUCCAUGUCGGCGUUGGAGUUGAUGGAUCCAAAGAUGGAUUCAGGCAUGCUUGCACCGGACGAAGUCAUUCUUACCGUCGCUGAACGUCUUGAGAAAGGACUUGUCCCAUUGACAUUCACGAGCGCGGCCGACCUGCUCGCGACCCUCGAUCGCAUGGAGCAAUGCGAGGCGGCAUGGCGGAACGGUCAGCCCAUGGCGCAGAGCCUCCUCACCUGCUUGUACUUUCAUCCGUGCGUGUCGUCGGCGCUCGUCAACGCAGGUCCGUUGGACGCGGCUUCCGUCAGUGUCUCCGACACAUUGGGCUGCAUCUUGAACGCGUACUUGUCGCUGGCACUCAAGAGCGUAACGGUGCAGCGCUACGCCAUCCAUCGCGCCGACAUUUACGAAGAGGAGGACUUCAGUCCGCUCAAUUCCGACCUCGCCCUCGGCGAUGGCAUAUCGGAUGAUUUGGUGGUGUAUUGGCUGGACUUGGCCGAAAAACGUUUGGAAUUGUUGGUGAAAGGAAGCAAAUCCAAGAAGAAGACCGCCGUGGAAGCGUUGCAUGUUGAUCCAGGAAUAGCCACGGACUUUGCGGCGCUGUUCCUUUGCCGAUUGACCUUUCGACGCCAUUUCUACGCUGGCUUGAGUGCAUUGGGCUCGGCGGAAUCACCCGAUUUGGAGGCCGCCGCCGCCGCCUUUGACGCCGCGCACGUCGUUCUGCAGCGCAUGGCCACUGAGCGGCUCGAAGCGGCCGACAUAUGCUUCCAGGGUCACGCAAUGGGCUUUGACAUGCACAUGAGUCGGCUGCUGGCGUCUACGAUGCCACCCCGCGAAGCCAAGCUCGACAGCGCGGCCGACGCGUUCGCCCAGACGACGCAACUGUGCCGCCAUCUGGGGCUGGCAUGUACCCCCCCCUUGGACAUCAAAGGGAUGGACGACCUCAAGGCGUACCUGACGCACUUGAGUUCACUGCGACCGAAUAUCGUCGUCCGAUCGUAUGCUGCGAGCCAAUAA